AUGGUUCAGGUGAAGGUGAUAGACGAUGAGGAGUAUGAGAAAAACAAGAACUUCUUCUUGGAGCUGGCCGAGCCGCGCAUGGUAGACAUGAGCCUGCAGAAAGCACUGUUACUAGCUGAAGAUGUCCCAAAGUUGUUGUCAGAGGAAGAGGAAGCUAGGCGGAUUGCAGAGAUGGCGAAACCAGUGCUGGGGGAACACUCCAAAAUGGAGGUCAUCAUCGAGGAGUCCUAUGAGUUCAAGAACACGGUGGACAAGCUGAUCAAGAAGACGAAUUUGGCGCUGGUGGUGGGCACCAACUCCUGGAGACAACAGUUCAUGGAGGCCAUCACAGUCAGCGCAGCAGGAGACGAGGAUGAGGAAGACUCCGGUGAAGAGCGUCUCCCGUCUUGUUUUGACUACGUCAUGCACUUCCUCACCGUCUUCUGGAAGGUGCUGUUUGCCUGUGUUCCUCCCACGGACUACCUGAACGGCUGGGCCUGCUUCUUCAUCUCCAUCAUCAUCAUCGGCAUGCUGACCGCAGUGAUAGGAGAUCUGGCCUCUCACUUCGGCUGCACCACCGGGUUGAAGGACUCCGUCACUGCCGUGGUGUUCGUGGCGCUGGGUACGUCUGUCCCUGACACAUUUGCCAGUAAGGUAGCGGCGGUGCAGGACACAUAUGCAGAUGCCUCCAUCGGUAACGUGACGGGCAGCAACGCGAUCAACGUGUUCCUGGGCAUCGGGGUGGCGUGGUCGAUAGCCGCCAUCUACUGGCACAUGCAGGGCAAGCAGUUUGUGGUGGAGGCCGGCUCCCUGGCCUUCUCCGUCACCCUCUACACCAUCUUCGCCUUCCUUGGGGUCUCCGUGCUGCUAUACCGCCGCCGGGCCCACAUCGGGGGGGAGCUGGGCGGGCCGCGCGGACACAGACUGGCCACCUCAGCCUUCUUCUUCAGUCUCUGGUUCCUCUACAUCCUCUUCUCCAGCAUGGAGGCCUACUGUCAUAUAGAGGGCUUCUAGAACCUCCCGGAACACUUCUGUAACACUUCUAGAACACCUCUGGAACACUUCUAGAACACUUCUGAGACAAUUCUAGAAUACUUCUGGGACAAUUCUAGAAUACUUCUGGGACACUUCUAGAAUACUUCU